UUAGUUGAUUUUUCUUAGUGGAUUUUCAGAAUCGGAGGUGAAAGUGACACAAAUAGACAAUUCUCGAGUUGUCUAGACGACGUCAUCCUGAAUUGUUCAUUUAAGAAAAUAAAUAAAAUUCAUUUUUAAUUAUUCGAAUAGAAAUUAAACAGGGUAGACUUUAAUAAUGUCUCACCAAACAGGAAUAAAAGCUAAUGAGGAACUGCGAAAAUUUUUUGCAAAAUCCAAGGAAGGCAAAACAAGGGUUAUUAAAGUAGCAAUCAAAGAAGAACAAUUAGUUCUUGAUAAUCACAAGAAUGUGAAACAUAAUUGGGAAAAGGACUUUGAUGCAUGUAUAUCACAAUUGAUUGAAGAAAACCAACCCUGUUACUUACUGUAUAGGUUGGAUAAUAAAAACUCUUCAGGAUAUGAAUGGUUGUUUAUAAGCUGGUCCCCAGACACCGCUUCUAUUAGACAAAAGAUGUUGUAUGCUUCCACCAAGGCGACAUUGAAACAGGAGUUUGGGACCUCUCAGAUCAAGGAAGAAUUGCAUGGCACAACCAUUAGUGAUAUAACCCUUUACGGUUAUAUAAAAUACAAGAAAUCUGCAGCGGCCCCAGCACCAUUGUCAAUGAGGGAAGAAGAAUUACAAGAAAUAAGACGAACUGAAGUCAAUACUGAUAUAAGUAUUGAUACUAAACAUCAUACAUUGAGUGGUGUUGCCUUUCCUAUAACCGAGCCAGCAAAACAAGCUAUUCUAGAUAUGGCCAGAGGGUCCUAUGAUUACAUACAGUUCAAGAUUGAUAUUGAGGAAGAACGGAUCCAUUUGGUUACUGCCGAAAAUAUAGUCUUAGAAAAGCUUCCAUCAAAAGUUCCUAGUACUAGCGGAAGGUACCAUCUGUAUAAAUUCAGACACACCCAUGAAGGUGACUACACUGAAAGUAUAG